UGUACACCUCUAGUCGCUGGCAAAAAAAAAGAAAGAAACGCCGCAUCGCAGGAAAAUUGUCCCAAAAACCAUUCAAGAAUUGGCACGGUCAUAAGCACUCGCAUCCAACGCGGACGACACGUAGUCGAAGACUAGCAACCACUGAACUCCACUCCAGGGGCAGCAGCAGAGACAGGCGUCCGCCUCUCAGCCAGGAGGCAAUCCAACAAAGCGUGCCGGUCGAACGAGGCAAGUUUUUAGCAUUCUAGCAAAGGAAUCGCAAGCGAAGUGAAAGUGCCCUAGUAGAGGUCAGUUAGUGUGGAAAGAUGAGUCGCCGACGGGCCCACGACACUGAGGACGAGAGCUAUGAUCAUCGGCGGAACAAGCGCCGCCGGGUGUCGGAGAACCAGGAGAUCGAGGACCGCCUGGAGUCCCUGAUUUUGCGUGUGGGUGAGCGCAGCACGUCAUCGGUGGAGUCGAAUCUCGAGGGACUCGUGUCUGUGCUAGAGGCCGAUCUGGGCACCUUUCGCCUGAAGAUAUUGCGCAUUCUGUCCGACUGCGCCGUGCGGAUGCCAGAGAAAUGCACAGUAUACACUACGCUGGUGGGUCUGCUGAACGCUAAAAACUAUAAGUUCGGCGGCGAGUUCGUCGAUCAUAUGGUGAAAACGUUCAAGGAGUCGCUAAAAAUGUGCCGCUGGGACGCCGCCCGCUACUCGCUGCGCUUCCUUGCCGAUUUGGUCAACUGCCAUGUGAUCUCAGCCACCAGCCUGCUGCAGCUGCUUGACACAAUGAUCGACGUGUCCAACGAGGACACGGUGCCGCAGGUGCGUCGCGAUUGGUUCGUCUUUGCCGUCCUUUCCACUCUGCCCUGGGUCGGCCGCGAUCUGUACGAGAAGAAGGAGUCGGCGCUGGAGUCGCUCCUGCUGCGCAUCGAGGUCUAUUUGAACAAACGCUCCAAGAAGCACCACAAUGCGCUGCGUGUCUGGUCAUCGGAUGCGCCGCAUCCGCAGGAGGAGUACCUAGACUGCCUGUGGGCGCAGAUACGCAAGCUGCGCCAGGACAACUGGGCGGAGAAGCACAUCCCCCGGCCGUAUCUAACCUUCGAUACGAUAUUGUGCGAAGCACUGCAGCAUAAUUUGCCGCAGAUUGUGCCGCCGCCGCACCACGAUGCCUUCGAGUAUCCCAUGCCCUGGGUGGUCUACCGCAUGUUCGAUUACACCGACUGCCCCGACGGGCCCAAUCUGCCCGGUGCCCAUUCCAUCGAGCGCUUCCUCAUCGAGGAGCAUCUGCACCACAUUAUUGAGACGUACCACCAUGAGCGCAAAGACUGUGCCGCCCAGCUGCUUAGCUUUCCGUUUAAGCACAAGAUACCGCUGGAGUACUGCAUCGUGGAGGUGAUAUUCGCCGAGCUCUUCCACAUGCCGACGCCACGCUAUCUGGACAUCUGCUAUGGCUCCAUCCUGAUUGAGCUGUGCAAGCUGCAGCCGGCCACACUGCCCCAAGUGCUGGCCCAGGCCACCGAGAUCCUGUUCAUGCGCAUCGAUUCGAUGAACACGUCCUGCUUCGAUCGUUUCGUCAACUGGUUCUCCUAUCAUUUGAGCAAUUUCAAGUUCACCUGGUCGUGGGACGAGUGGGACAGCUGCCUGCUGCUUGACGCCGAGCAUCCGCGUCCCAAAUUCAUCCAGGAGGUGCUGCACAAGUGCCUGCGGCUCUCGUAUCAUCAGCGCAUCACCGAAAUGAUGCCCACGACAUACGCCAAACUCAUCCCGCCGACCCCCGUGCCCAACUACAAGUAUGCCAACGAGGAGGCAGCCAAUUUGCCGGGCACAACUGUGGCCCAUCAGCUGGUGGUGGCCAUCCGUCAGAAGUGCACACCGGAGGAGGUGGUCAACAUAUUGAAGGAGAUACCAAGCAGCGGUUACAGCGGCGAUGAGAUGUCCGAUGGCAGCUUCAAUGCCUUGAAGAUUGAUGUCUUUGUGCAAACAUUAUUGAAUUUGGGCUCGAAAUCGUUUUCGCAUAGCUUUGCGGCCAUUUCCAAAUUUCACACGGUAUUCCGCGCCUUGGCCGAAACGGAGGAGGCCCAGAUUUGCAUUCUGCACAAUAUCUACGAGCUGUGGUCAUCGCAUCCACAAAUGAUGGUCGUACUGAUUGACAAGCUGCUGAAACUGCAGAUCGUCGAUUGUUCGGCGGUGGCCACAUGGAUCUUCUCCAAGGAGAUGACCGGCGAAUUCACCAAGAUGUAUCUGUGGGAGAUCCUUCACCUGACCAUAAAGAAGAUGAAUAAGCAUGUGAUCAAGCUGAACACUGAGCUGAGCGAGGCGAAGGACAAGCUAUCGAAGGCGGAUUCCUCGUCCAGCGAUUCGGAGGAGGACUCUUCGCACAAGAGAAAGAAGCCCAUCACGCAUGCCGACAAGCCAUCCGAGGAGGUCGUUGAGCGUAUGGAGGAGAAGUUGGAGGCGGCGAAUGUCAACCAGAAACGCCUGUUCCUCAUUGUCUUCCAGCGCUUCAUUAUGAUUCUAUCGGAGCAUCUGUUACGUUCCGACACGGACGGCCGUAAUCCGGACACGGACUGGUAUCGCUGGACAAUCGGGCGACUGCAACAGGUCUUUCUCAUGCAUCAUGAACAGGUCCAGAAAUACAGCAGCACCCUGGAGACGCUGCUCUUCACAUCCGACCUGGACACGCAUAUAUUGGAGGUUUUCCAGCAGUUUGUGGCUCUGCGUGCCUGAAGAGGAGUAGUUGCUGCUCCCGUCAAACUUCCCAUCCCUCUCAAGCACUCUUUAGUCUGUUCUAUUUUAUAUUCCCCCAUUUUUUUUGUAUCCUGUUUGCGUAUUGAUUUUUUGACAGUGUAAAGUUGAGUCCUGAUACUAACUCCUUUACCCAGGCGCUACUUAUACUUUGUAUACAAAACAAAUCACGAAUAAAGUCGAAACGAAAGGUUCUUUGCCAUGGUGAAGAACCAGAAGGACGCGAAAG